UAAAGAUGAGAAUUAUCCACCAAGCGCUCAAUUCUGCUUUUGUCCUAAUCAAGAUUUUCCCUCUCUCUCUCUCUCUCUCUCUCUCUCUUCAAUCUCUCUCUACAACCCCGCAUCACUCCUCGCUCUAUCACCUCAUCACACACCACCCACAGCAAACACAAACCCAAAAUUCUAGAGAGAGAAAACAGUGAAGAGAGAGAGAAGGGAGAGAGAAAGGAAGCUUUUUUAUGGAAAUCAAUAAAAUGCACUACCUCUCCGAUACGAAUGAAUUCAUCCACCACCGUUGUGGUGGCGGCGGCGGCGGCGGCGCUGAGUCAAUCAACGGCUUAUUCCUCUGAGGCGGUGCUACCUUGAAGAAUCACCACUUGCAAUUUCUUGCAUGGGUUUGCUUUCCUUUUUUGAUCUGGGCUUGUGAUUUUCCCCCCCAUUUUUGAAGGGUUUUGUGCUUACCAAUUUAAGGGACUGUUUGGUUAGAGUGAGAUAGAAUUGUGUGUUUUUAUCUCUAAUUAAAAACCCUUUAGUAAACUUGUAAAUAACAUACAUUUCAGUUUUCUUCUGUUGUCUUGAUUUUGCUUAUUUUGUAAGUACAGUUCGUGUAUAGGAAUGCUUGAAGUUUUACAUGCCUAAUCACCAACUUUUGCCCAACGAAUAAUUGUCCGAUUAUUCGUAAUUUUUAAAUAUUUUCGGCGACUCGAUUCGAGACUGCACCCUCGCCAUGGAUCAAAGAGAUGCUAUGAACCGACAAGGCGCGUCUCCGUAUUACCUUCAUCAAGAAACAACCGAAUCCGUAAUGGGCUUACAGAGUUCGCCGAGAAUGAAUCCGUUUUCGAAUCAACACUUUCAAUCCAACCUCGACGGAGCUCUAAUGGGGUCCACAUUGCCUCUGCACGCCUCGUCGAUGAUGUCACCUCAAGCUAUUAGUGUGGGCCCGCCUCCCGCUAUGCUGCAGGGCGAACCCGUUCGAAGGAAAAGAGGCAGGCCCCGUAAAUACGGAAGAGGUACUUCUGCUGCAGCUGUUUCGUUGGCUCUGUCGCCUUCCACUUCGAGCCAUGUCCCGAUUUUGAGACCGUCUCAGAAAAGGAGGGGAAGGCCACCUGGCACUGGUCGAAAGCAGCAACUUGUUUCCCUCGGUGGAUCGGUCCCUAACGGGCCCGGAAAAAUGGUUCCACAUAUCAUCAAUGUUGCUACGGGAGAAGAUGUCAAAAGGAAGAUACUAACAUUUUCUCAAGGGCGGCCCGCCACAGUCGUCUUAUCGGCUAUUGGUGCCAUUUCGGCCGUGAAUAUGAGAGUCUCAUUUUCUAGUGGGACAAUCACACACGAGGGGCGGUUUGAUAUAUUGAGCUUAUCGGGUUCGUUUUCAAACGAAGAUUUCAAUGCUUCAAACGGGCCGGUUGGUCGUCUGAAUCUUACUCUUGCGGGUCCCGAUGGGCUAGCCAUAGGUGGUGUAGUUGAGGGUGCUAUGAUUGCUGCUAGCCCUGUUCAGGUAAUUGUGGCGAGCUUGUUGCCUCGUGUGUCAAAGACGAAAAUUAACGAUGGGAAAGACGAGGAAAAUUCAGCGGAUCGUGCGUUUGGGAAUUUAGUUUCUUCGGCUAAUGUUUAAGCCUAAUUGAUAGUUUAUUCGACUUUUUCGACAGUUAUUUCCAGUAAUAUCUGGAUGAAAAACUACAUUGGAUUUUUUUAUUUUUUUUCUUAGUAUGUUUUGCUUAUUUACCUGACAUAGGUUGUACUAAUCUUACAUAUAUAUUUGUUAAGAAUUAUUGGCUUUUUCUGCUAAA